GUGGUUUAUUCAUGCUUCUUCAAUAUAUAUUUUUAUUGUUGGAAAGAAAUUCUUUCAGUGUGUUUGUGCCUAUUUUUGAAAACAAAUACUUGUUUUUGUUUCACUCUUGCAAAAUAGAUAAUUAUAUUAAAAUUAUGUUAAAUAAAAUAUAUUGCGCCAUUCUUUAACGUACGACUACAAACCAUAUUAUUAUUAAACACUUUAAAACUGGAAAGUUUAUGAUUAACGGUGAAUAAAUACUGUGUCUUAGGAAUAAAGAACAGUUUAACAACUGUUAUCACUGGGCUGGAUACAUGUAUCACGGCACUUGGUAGAAUAAUAAACCAGCCAGUUGACUUCCUGACACAAAAGAAUUCUACACUGCAAGCGAGGGUUCAGAUCUACAGUAAUUCGAAUUCAGCAACCUAAACCAGGCUUCUCAAGCACAAACGCAGUUGCAUUUCGUUUUAAGGAUAUGUCUGCUCGCCGACGACUUUUUGAGUUCUUGAAGGGUCUAACACGGAUUCAUAAGGCUUUUUUAAAGUUGAAAUGUAAAAUUCUCCUUUACACUAUCCUUACGCGGACACAAUGUUAAGCUAUUGGAUUUUUGUCCUCUUACAGUGACUUUGACCAUGCACAAUGUGAUAUUGGUUGUGCACUCUGCAUAUCAUCUAAGCAGGGUUAACAGUUGAUGCUACUUUUAUGCAAUUUAUUCUAACAGUGAGGAAGAUAUGGAGUGGAUUCAAGUCUGAAAUAUUUGGCCUUUUUGAUAGUGCGACCUUGACUUUGCACUGAGAGAAACGGGCCAUGUGCUAUGUACGUUGCAUUGAUGAGGUUAACAAGUAAAGCUAACUUGUCGAAAACCUUCCCAGCGGUUAAUUGAGCGGCCGUAAAAUUAAGCAAUUUAACCAUUGACAUUCAAGUGUGCUCUUGACCUUGGAAGCCCACCCGCUUAGCUCAAUAGGGAGAGCGCAGAUCUAUGGAUCUCGGGGUCGUGAGUCCGAGCCCUGGGCGAGGCGUAUGUUCUUUGUGACGAUUUGAUAAAAGACAUUGUGUCUGAAAUCAUUCGUCCUCUACCUCUGAUUCAUGUGGGGAAGUUGGCAGUUACUUGCGGAGAACAGGUUUGUUUUGGUACAGAAUCCAGAAACGCUGGUUAAGUCGACUGCCCGCCGUUACAUAACUGAAAAACUGUUGAAAAAUGGCGUUAAACCCCAAACAAACAAACAAACAAACAAACAAACUUGACCUUGGACAUCGAACGGAAACGAAUUUAAUCAAUAAAAUCUGUAAAAAGACCUCAUGACCUUGGACACAGUGAUAGGGUUGUGCGCUUUGUACAUCGUCUUGAUUAGGUAAAUAAUUAAUUGGUAGUUUUUUUGAAAACCUUCAUAGCGGGUUAGAAGAUAUAUAGUGGACACGAAAUCAAGCUAUUUGACGAUUGACAUCCAAGUAUGACAUUAACCUAGUAGCCUGGGUAUUGCACUCUGCUACUCGACUUGGUGAGGUAAACAAUAGAUACUAGUUUUACAUAAAAUCUUUCAAAUGGAUCAGACAUGAUGUUAAGAUUCUUGACCUUUGUCCUCAAAUGAUGACCUUUACCUUAGUCCUAGUGAAUUCAACACAUCGUCGUUGCCAGUUUUAUUUUAGAAAGAUAUACUCAGAGGUUUAGAAGAUAAAGAGCGGACACGAAUUACGGAUGCUUUACGAGACCAUAUUUUACAUUUCUCUAUUUAAUCAUAAAUUGUUAUAAUAGUGCACACCUCAUUAUAGUGUGGUCUUUGCAGACAGGCUUGACUGUAUAUACUAUAUAGCAGUAUGCUGUAUAGACAAAAGUACAUGAUGUAGUGUUCCAGUAAAUAUGGCAUAAUACUAAUUCUAUAAGCAAUUUUCAAGUUUUAUAUUUAAUAAUUUAAUCGAUUAAUUUAAGAUUAUUCAAUGAGCAGACAUAUUAUCAAUUAACAAAAGUAUGACUCAAUAUUUUUCUAAAUACAGGUGUCGAUUUGUGUGCUCAUCGGCAUGUUAUUGUUAAUGUAUAGAUAAACAUACAGAUCCGAAUCAGCAGAGGUCAAUAUAAAGAUGAGAGAAAAAACAUUUUCAAACAACUGGACGUUUCAAAUGAGGGAAAAAACCUCUUCAAGCAAUCGGAAGUUUCAAAUUCUCUGGUAUAAUCCUCCUCCUUUUUUAAGAGUAUUUCGCACGGAUACGAUGCAUUGUGGAUUUGCAAAAUGCAAGUACAGCAAUUGUGAUAUGACAUUUAGCAAACUAGAGGCAAAUAUUAGCCAAGCAGUUAUAUUUGACGGAUAUCGUAUGCCACAGAAUCUUACCUUUACACGUCCAAAUGGUCAAAUUUGGAUUUUUGCACAUCAUGAACCCCCACGUGCAUAUCGUGCAAGUGAAUGGUGGAACAAAAUUGACUUAUUUAACUGGACGAUGACCUAUAACAAGGAUAUUGCAGACAUAUUUCUACCUUAUGGAGAAAUUCUAAGACACAAACGUAACGUAAUAAGGGACUUUAAAUCCAUUGCUCAAAAUAAAAAUAGAACACUAUUGUUGGUAACGUCACAUUGCCAAACGCGUUCAAAAAGACUAGAAUACGUCAAAGUGUUGCAAAAAUGUAUUGAUGUUGAGGUUUUGGGACUGUGUGGUAAAAACUGGAGCUGUGGACAGCGCUUAAGACAUGGUGAUAACUGCUUUCAGCUUUUAAAUACUUUCAAAUUUUAUCUAGCAUUUGAAAAUUCCUUAUGCCAUCAAUAUUUUACAGAAAAAUUUUACGAAAAUUUCAGUUUUGAUUCAAUUAUGUUGAUACGUGGUGGGAGUCAUGGCGAAGCAAGGCAACUUUUCCCCAAAGGAACACACAUAGCAACAGAUGAUUUCAAGACUAUAAAGGAUCUUGGAAACUUCCUGAAGCACCUAAGUGUUGACAAAUAUGCCCACCUACUACAGAGGAAGAGUCAGUACUAUUCUCCUGGGUAUUUGAAAGUUUAUCAAAGAGCGAUGUGUAAUAUAUGUAAAAGAAUGAAUUUCAUGAACAAAUAUACAAAAAUUAUAACAAAUAUACAAAAGGAGGCAUUUGGACUUCGCCCUUGCCAUCAAUCAAAAGAUGUUACAAAAAUUAGACGAUUAUAUUGAUGCAUAUAUGUGAAAUGAAUAUUUAACAAAUUCUUUAAUGAUCAGAUCGGUUAAAAAGAUAAAAACGAUACCAACUGUACGUAAAUGCAUUGAGCUUUGUGUAACUAUCGACAACUAUUGUCCAACAAACUCAGUAGUCAUGCAAUUUAGAAUUUUAUUUUAUUUUGUUGGGUUUAAGUCGCACCGACACAAUUAUAGGUCAUAUGGCGACUUUCCAGCUUUGAUUGUGGAGGAAGACCCCAGGUGCCCCUCCGUGCAUUAUUUCAUCACGAGUGGGCACCUCGGUAGAAGCACCGACCUUCCGUAAGCCAACUGGAUUGCUUCCUCGCAUGAAGAAUUCAACGCCCCGAGUGAGACUCCACCCCACAUCGAUAAGGACGUGCUAUCUAGAUGGAAGGCCCUGGAUGUCAUUAAUUCGCAUGAAUAGUCGUAUUGAUGUUCUAUUUGCCAAUAUUCAUUAUCUCAGUUUUGACAUGAAGACGUUUGUUAUCUUUACUUUUUUGUUGUGCGUUUGGGUUUACAUGUGCUGAGCUAAAAUGCACGUGUGUACAUUUUCGAACAUCCAUAUUUCCAUAUUGAGUGCUGUAUUGGUGACUGCGUUCUUUGACUGUGGCUGUUCCUGUUGGGAUUUUGCUGUUGUUUAUUUCUUUUACAUUUUUGUGAGAGAUAAAUGACACAAAUGUUUCCAAUAGCAUAACAAGACUUGAAAUAUGAGGAAAUGAUUUUCAACAAAACGUUAGGGACUACGCAAGAAUGUAGUCAUUAAGACCUUAGAAUUAUCCAAAAUUAAUCACAUAUAUUGUGUCUACCAAGUCCUAAUUUGGACAUAAUCAAAUCCGUACAGAAACUUUUUUAAAACUUCCUAUGGGAUUUUGGCCCAGAUAAAGAGAAAUGUUAUAACGCAGACAUAUGGAUAUGGUGGUAUUAGAAUGGUUAAUUUAGAAACAUUCAUGUUAGCUUUGACAGUUACAUGGAUUAGAAGAUUCAACAGUAAUUCAAAGUGCUUCAAUUUUCAUGAAGCAGAAUAUCCAUUCUUAAUAACAUUUACAAAAUACGGAGGUGAUUAUAUAUAAUAUAAUAAACUGAAUAAGGUCAGUAUAAGAGUUUCUGGAAUGAUGUUGUACAUGGGUACAUACAGCUGAGCUCUCGGCGACCAAAGAAAUGGAUAUAUUUUAUGCAUCAACAGCGUGGCUUUAAAAUCGAUAGAACACGUUUCUACUACCCCAGAUUUUAAAUAAAAAUGGAGUGAUCUUGUUUAAUGACUUUUAGAUAGGAACGGCAACUUAAUGUCUUUUAACAAUUUCAUGGAGAAAUGUAAUACACACUUAUUUCCUGCAUUAUCAAGACUUUUAGUCUUUAUUUGGGUGAAUUAGAGGGUCCUUAGAUAUUUCAGAUUUCCACACUAUGCAAUAAACUAAGGAAGAAACCCCACUUUAACCGUUUAUAAUGAAGGUCAUAAAUCAUGUUAAUACCAGGAAAAAAGGGAACUUAAUUUGAUUUGUUUUUUAAAGUUUAGAUAUGCAUACAAAUUUCCCUUUGUUGUUAAAAAUGACCCAAAACUACAAUUGUCCCAGUUCAAAAUAAAGCUUAAUAUACAAACCUCCUGUUACAAAAAAAAUGGGAUAAAGAAAGAUGUGCUUUUUUGUCAUACUGAGAUAGAAACAUUUAUUUGCUAAUUGUCAAGUUUCAGAGGUUAUUAAGAAAUUGACUAAAUAUGUUUGCCCAAAUGUCAUUAACGACUGGUCAACAACAGACAUCUUGUUAAGGAACAAGUAUUUAAGGAUUGCAUUUAAUGAAUGUAAUAAUGAUUGCUAAAGUCAACAUAUAUCAGUGUAAAAUGAAGAAUUUAGUUCCCAAUCUGCAAAUAUUUAGAAAUAGUUUUAAGCUUCUGUUAAGGACAGAGAGACUAAGUUUGAAUCUAAAUGUUUUGAAUUCAUGUCAGUAGUAAGCAAUGAACAAUCUUAAAAAUGUGUAAUGAUCAAUCUUAAGAUGUGUCUCUAAGCCCAAUCCCUUCAGCAUUUGUUGAAAUACUGUAUUUCCAUCAUGUAGGAGUUUAACGUAUUCUUCUGUGUUUUCCUUUUCUUCUUUCUUUUUCCUUGUUUUCUUCUUGGCCUGACUGAACAUCAUAUGGUCAUUUUUCAUCCAUAAUAUUUUUCCCUCAGUUUUUUUUUGUUUGUUUCUUUGUCUUUAUUCGUUUUUGUUCUCACUCUGUGAAAGCACAGGAAACGUAAUUUACAUUGCAAGCGGUAAGAAGUCCGUAUGAGUUGUUUCCCUUAUUAGCUAAAAUCCAUUACAAGAAACAUACUUGCUGACAGUAUCUGUUAAUAAACUAUCGUAUUUUCUUCUCUUGAAUAUGAGUACCAAAUACUAGUUAUCCCUUGCAAAAUCUCGUUGUUUUCCGCCUCAUUAUUGCAAGAUUGUAUAGUUCCUUUCCAUUUUAAAAUUAAUUUCUUCUUAUAAAGUUUAAUACCAACUGUUUUGAUUUCCUUGUCUUAUCCAUUUUUUUACGUUUUUCGAAAUGGCAAGGAAAUAUUAAUAUAAAAAUUUAUGAUCAGCGUAAAAAUAUAAUUCAGUAAUAUAAUAGCUUUUAUUCAAGACUAAGUAGAACAUGACCUAGUAAAUUGUAGGUAUUUCGAUAGAAAGAGUUUAUUAUUUACCUUGAUAGAGCGUUAGUAUAUAGAAAUUAAGUACAUUCUUUACUAUAAUAUAAUAAUAGACUAUACUCGUACUUUUAUUGUUUUAUCUCGUUCUUGCUACACUUCUUGCAUAUUAAUUAUGUAUGAUGAAUUUAUGAACUAUAGAAACAUCCCAAAUAAACGGGGUUACCCACAAGGGGCCCUAAAAUAGAAAAAAAGAGGGCCUGAGAACAUUUAUUACUUCCAGUAUAAAUUAUCUGUUUCCUUUUUUAGUCUUUCCUAAGAUAUUGUCCAGUUUCUAGGCUGGAAGUUCUGACAUGAAGAUCGUUGGCUCGAGUCCUACUAGGAUCACGAAACACCUUCCAAUAUAUCAUCAGUACCUAGUCUGCUUAGAGUAAGGAUUUAGUCUUUAUUCUCUUUACAUCGUGGAACUGUAACCGAAAUAGUCCAUCAUGCAACGAAGGUAGUGUUGUACAUUAAACAAUAUUGCUUUAUAUAGGAUUACGAAAUACCUUCCAAAAUAUCAUCAACAGUGAGACUGCUUAGAGUAACGAUUUAGUCUUUAUUGUGUUUACAUCGUGGGACUGUAACCGAAAUAGUCCAUCAUGCAACGAAUAUAAAUGCUGUACAUUAAAAUACUGCUUUAUAUGUUAAAGUGAAUAGUAUCUAAAAGUAUCAUGUUUCCUUUGCCGUUAAAUAUAUCAAUGUUUAUGUGUCGAUUUUUACUUGAAUAGCUGAUAAAAGCUUAUGUGAAACCAAUAUUCGAAUCUUUUUGAUAAUGAAUUUUUGAUAAAAAGUAAUAAUUUGACAUUAUCUGAUAUAUCGAACCAAACAAUAAAUGUUGCUUUGAACAAACUGUCCCAAUUAUUGAUUAUCAUUUAAAUAUAUUUAU